AUGACUACCAGCGCUUCUGCCUCCCAGUUACAAAAGCGUCUGCCAGAAGAAAAACCUUGGCCCCAACUAAGCGGCUGCAACGAAGAUGCUCAAGCCUUCAAAUGCAAAUACGUCACCAACCAUAACUCCUUGGGUGAUGGGAAUUUCAGUGUCGUCAAGGAGUGUAUGAACGUUCAAACAAAGGAUUUGUAUGCGAUGAAACUGAUUAAGAAGCAAACCGUUAGAAACAAAAUCCAGCUUAUCCAAAGGGAAUUUGACCUGUUAAGGUCGAUAAGCGAAAAAAUCAGAGAUAUGGAGAAGAAAAACGAGCACUCCCUGGACAUUUUUGAAGGACACCACCAUAUAUUACAGCUUUUCGACUACUUUGAAACAGCGGAUAACAUCGUACUGAUUACCCAGCUGUGUCAGAAGGGCGACCUGUAUGAAAAAAUUGUCGAAAACCAAGCUCUAGACCUCCAGACUCAGGUCACGUCAUACUGUGCCUGUAUAGUAAGCAUUUUGGAGUUUUUGCAUUCGCAAGGUAUUGUUCACAGAGACUUGAAAGCGGAAAAUGUUUUAUUUAGAUUAAGAGUAAACGAAAACGAAAAAAACCUGCAGGGUGAACAUCAUGGGGACUUUAAGUACGAUCUUUUGGCCCAUGACCUGGUCCUUGCCGAUUUCGGUCUUGCUGCUGAAUACAACACCACAAAGGUCAACUCGCUGAAGGAGUUUGUCGGUACAAUCUCGUACAUUGCUCCGGAGAUCGUUAAAUGCAAAGGUGUCGGUGAUAUGUCUACUGACCAAGUGGGUGAACUAGAGAAAUAUGGCUGUCCCGUUGACAUAUGGGCCCUCGGUGUCUUGACAUACUUCAUGGCUUUCGGCUACACUCCCUUCGACUGCACUACAGAUGAUGAGACAUUGGAAUGUAUUUCCAAAUGCGAUUAUUACGUCGACGAGCAAACAAUGCACGACCCCAAAUAUGAACAGUUUUGGAACUUCGUUCAAUGUUGUUUCACCGUCGAUCCCGCCGUUAGGCGCUCCGCCACAAACUUAAAACACCAUCCUUUCAUCAAGGAUUAUUUUGCUACUUCAAACUCUUUACACAAGAAGGAUACCACGAAUUUCGUAUUCAACCCGACGAUAAGAAGAGUAUCUUCUACGGCGUCCAUGCACACUUUAAGAUCGCCAUCGAAAUCGAGAAAAACCACCACACUGGCUUAUUUAAACAUGGACGGCGGGUCCUCAGAAACUUCCACUGCUUUUAACAGCAAGAUGGACUUGCCUGACCUUUACGUUGAUAGAACCAUCAAUUCCCGUGAACGAUCACUAAACAGAAUUAGAGACACUUUGAAGAAGACAUUAUCCAUGACUUCUUUGAAGCCCGCUGCGACCCAUGAAUUUCUCCACGCUAACAAGAGUGGCACUUCAUCCUCAUCAAAGUCUGGGCUCGUGAAAAAGAAUUCUACGUUUGUUCUGGACCCUAAGCCACCAAAAAAUAGCUUGAUGAACGGCUGUUUUAGUACCACACCGGAAUCCCGUUCAAACUUCAAUACCCCCAAAAGCUUAUCUAGACAAGGCUCAUCAACCAGUGUGAAGAAGUUUGUUAAUGAAAUGGAUCUGCUUUUGACCCCACGUACCGCUUCGAUGAGCAGCCACGAUACCACAGCUAUAAACGAUAAUGAUUUUAUAAACGAUAAGAAUUCUUCAAGAAAACACGCAGCCUCAUUCCAGGUGAAUGUUGAUGACUCUGACGGUGAUGAAACUAUGUUAAUAUAG